CUCUCCCGCCCGGAACCCGGCACUGCCUCCCUCCCCGCUCCGUGCCGUUCCCAGGCCGCGUGUUCCCGCUGCCGGCCGCCACGUUCCCCGCUGCCCAUGGAAUACCUGGCGGCUCCCGCGGCUCCCACGCAGGGCAGCAUCCUCUGCUGCCACUGCGGCGUGCCCAUCCCGCCCAACCCGGCCAACAUGUGCGUGGGAUGCCUGCGGGCACGCGUGGACAUCACGGAAGGCAUCCCCAAACAGCUCAGCGUCAGCUUCUGCAAGCAGUGCGAGAGGUAUCUUCAGCCUCCAGGAACUUGGAUUCAGUGUGCCUUAGAAUCAAGAGAGCUUCUUGCUUUGUGUCUUAAAAAAAUUAAAGCUUCACUUAGCAAGGUCCGGCUGAUCGACGCAGGCUUUAUUUGGACUGAACCACAUUCUAAGAGAUUGAAGCUGAAACUGACUGUUCAGAAGGAGGUGAUAAAUGGAGCAGUUCUUCAGCAAGUGUUUGUGGUGGAAUAUCUGAUUCAGUCGCAGAUGUGUGAAGACUGUCAUAGGAUUGAAGCGAAGGAUUUCUGGAAAGCUGUGGUUCAAGUCAGGCAGAAGACUCUGCACAAAAAGACGUUCUACUAUUUGGAGCAGCUGAUUUUAAAACACAGGCUUCAUCAAAAUACACUUCGCAUCAAGGAAAUCCAUGAUGGCCUGGAUUUUUAUUAUUCUUCGAAGCAACACGCUCAGAAGAUGGUAGACUUUCUUCAGUGUACAGUUCCAUCUAGGUCGAAAUCAUCCCAGCGCUUGACCUCACAUGAUGUUCACAGUAAUGUCUACAACUACAAAAGCACUUUCUCCGUGGAAAUUGUUCCAGUAUGCAAGGACAAUGUUGUAUGUCUGUCACCAAAACUGGCACAGAGUCUUGGUAACAUGAGCCAGAUCUGUGUGUGCAUUAGAGUUACAAGUACUGUCCACCUCAUUGAUCCCAGCACUCUGCAGAUUGCUGAAAUUGAUGGAAAUACCUACUGGCGCCAUCCUUUCAAUAGCUUGUUCAACCCAAAGCAGCUUGAGGAAUUUAUUGUUAUGGACAUCAAUCGAGUUCAAGAAAAGAAGAAACCUGCAGGUGCAGGGGCAAGAUCAAAUAAACACACGCUGGCUGAAGCCUGGGUAAAGAAAACCUCGGAGCUGAGUACAGACCAUCAGUAUUUCUGCUGCACUCACUUGGGACACAUUCUAAAUCCUGGCGACCUUGUCUUAGGAUUUGACUUGGCCAACUGUAACUUGAAUGACGAGUUUGUGAAUAAGAUGAGCCCACACAACGUCCCUGACGUGGUAUUGAUAAAGAAGAGCUACGACCGUGCCAAGCGCCAGCAUCGCAGGAACUGGAAACUGAAAGAGCUGGAAAGAGACAGAGAAGGCAUGGAUACAGAUGAUGAAAGACAAUACCAGGACUUCCUUGAAGAUCUGGAAGAAGAUGAAGCCAUAAGGAAAAACGUCAACAUUUACAGAAAUGCAGACGUUCCAGUGGAGAGUGACACAGAUGAUGAUGGGGCCCCUCGGAUCAGUCUGGCUGAAAUGCUGGAGGAUCUCCAUAUUUCUGAGGAUGCCACUGGUGGGGAAGGAGCAAAUAUGCUGACAGAAUAAGCAUAGUGCAUUAAGCAGUGCAGUUAGUAUUUGCCUGGGGAGGAAAAUGUACCCCAUAUAAGCAAACAUUAUGAACUGUGAUCACAUGAAUAUGGAAAGUAAUGUUGUAUCUACAGCCAUACCUCUAAAUCACAUUUCUGAAUUGAUAUUUCAUAUAUAAUUAUCUAGAAGAUCAGUGACUGCAGUUAAGCUUCUGUGCAAACACUGUCAUAUGAGUUCCACAAGUUCUUCUCAUCUCUGAGUGUUUUCUUCUUGCAACUUCUUGUAAGGUAAAGACCAGGUGACUAACUUCAGUUGUAUCCACUGAGAAUAUUAAUUGUUCUGCACCUAAGACUGCUAAUAAAGCAAAAUGUCCAUCAGGAGAGAUUUUGUUCUGGUUUGCUACACUUGUAGGUACAAUACCUUACCUACUCUUUAUUGUUUUCAUUUAUUUACCUGAAAUGGAUUUUUCCUGUCUUAAUCUUUUUGGCACAAAGCUUUGUUGAAGACUUUCAUUAUGAUGACAGUUUAUUCCAUAUAACAGUAUUUUGGGGAGGUUUAAGAGUUUUCUGAUGCUGUCAAUAAGGGAAUUCCAAGUAUUUCUGUUAUGUACACAAAAACGCUUUGUUGUAAAUUGAUUGAACACACAGCCCACAAUCAGAAAGAUUUGAGACUUCUUUUAAAUGGUAAUGAAUAUUGUAUUGUACUGUAUUUCAUGCUUGUAUCAGUGGGUUAGAUGCAGUUUGCAUAAUCUCUGAUUAAUACACUGAGAGAUACUGUACAUAAAGAUUUUUUUGUCUCAAAGUCUGCCUGAGUUUUCGCAGGUAAUAAACUGGUUGGACAACAA